AUGGCUUCCAGCUCCGUGUUUGCCGCGGUGCUACUUCUCUCCCUUUCUAUACCCUUCGUUCUUGCUGGAAACGCUGCUGGCGCGGAGCAAUCGUCUCAGUCCAACUACGAAUAUGACGCCAACGGCAACAUUAUCCUCUCUUCUGCUGGGAACAACAACCAGAACGGCAACGGGAAGGGUACAUCCGCGGACGUGAUCGACUGGUACAACGACCAGGAGUACCCGACCUGCCCGCUUAAAGCCUGCCCGCCUUUCAAGCACUAUUGCUCGGGCGGCAUGUGCAACGACACGGCCGGCAUCCUCGGCCGCUGGAGGCUCCCCGAGCAGUCGUCGCUCGUGUGUCCGCCGGGGCGCGCCAACCCGAAGCCCAACAACGAGUGGUGCAUCGGGGAGCUCACGCCGUCGCAGUGCUGCAAGGCGUGCUCCGACAGCAAGGAGCCGUGUGCCAUGUGGCAGCACUACAUUGGAACCGUGAACCCGUCCGGCAAGUGCCUCAAGUGCGGAAUCUGCUGGCUGUACCCGCCCGGCACGGCGCCGCGGUGCGAGACGCAGCUGGAUAACAACAACGGCUACCGCAUCAAGUACAACUGCUCGCGCAUCGGCGGCAGCUGCCCCUACACCAAGAACGACCCGCACUUCCAGGGCGCGCAGGGCACGCGCUUCGAGUUCAAUGGCGCUCCGGAGAAGACUUUCUGUCUGCUGACCGAUCGCAACGUGCACGUGAACAUGCAGAUGCGCGGAUACUACGACACGCGCACCGUCGGUGCAACGGUUCUGCGCAAUGGGAAGGCUGUGCGCACGUGGAUCCGCGCGCUCGGCUUCGUGUGGCGCGCGGCGGCUGGGGAGGCGGAACACAAGUUCCGCCUUGUGGCGCGCACGGGGAAGAAGCAGGAGCGCGGGGACGGGUUCCUGGAGCUGGCGGAGAUCGACGGGAAGGCCCUUCCGCGCAUGACCAAGGAAAGGGAGACUCUCUCGCUCCCCGGAGGCCUCGCCUUCACUUAUGUCGGGGUCGAAUUCGGCGGGUUCGUGAAGGACGUGUACCGUGUGACUAUCGCGGGGCUUCUGGACAUGGAGAUCAAGCUGCGCGUCGCGCACCCUCUGCUGCAAACACCUGACGACGCCGAGGCGCACAUCAACGUGGCGUUCGACGGCGUGGAGGCGACGGAGCAGGUCCACGGGAUCAUCGGGCAGACGUACCGCGAGGGCCGCGAGAAGCGCGCGAUGGAUUACAACACGCUCGCGCACGCGCUCGGGCACCCCAUCGCGGCGGACGCGGCGGAAGGCGCGGGGUUCCUGGACGGCAAGACCGGCGACUACGAGUCGUCGUCCGUCCUCGCUGCGGAUUGCAGAUUCUCCGCGUUCAGCGGGAAGGCGCUGCCGCUGACAGAAUCUACCUCCCCCUCCACUGAAUCCGCCUCCUUUCCGCCACAGUCCCCUUCCGCCCCCGCCCCGCCCGUCUUCCCACUCUUCUCUUCCCCCUUGCCCGCGGUGCUCCCCCCGCCGCCCGCCCUCCCCCACCUGCUUCCCAGGCAGCAGCAGCGCCUGGCGCUCUACCUCGACCUGCGUUUGGACUGGAACCAGGUGAUUUUCCAGGUGGUAUUUCAGCGCAUGAACCUGACAGCAGUCACUAGUCGCGCAGAAGCAGAGCAGCGCCACAUUGCCGACUCUCUAACGCUCAUCCCUGUUAUCCUGGCCCUCACCGCACCACCGCUCUCAACCGUGCCACUUGCUGCUGCACUGCUCCCCACCGCGCCCCAUCCGACCACACCCCUCCCUACCGAACCACUCGCUACCGCAUCAAUUCCCACCGAACCACUCCCCGCCGUACCACUCUCCACCGCACCUCCUGCUUCCGAGCCCCUUCUAGACCCCCCCUCUGUCGCACCCUCCCCUGCCGUGCCACAUGGCACGCUGCGAUUGGUGGAUGUGGGCACGGGAGCAGGGCUGCCAGGUGUCGUGCUGGCAGUGGCCCAGCCCACGUGGCAUGUCACUCUCGUUGAGUCUCUAAACAAGAGAUGCGAUUUCCUGUCGCAUGUGGUGCAGCGGUUGGGACUCAAUAAUGUGCAAGUGGUGUGUGGGAGAGCAGAGUGGUUGGGACUGCAGAAUGUGCAAGUGGUGUGUGGGAGAGCAGAGCGGUUGGGACUCAAUAAUGUUCAAGUGGUGUGUGGGAGAGCAGAGGAGGUGGGGAGGGAUCCGGUGCACAGGGGGGCGUACGACCUGGCUGUAGCGCGGGCUGUAGCAGAGAUGAGAGUGCUCAAUGAGCUCUGUCUGCCUCUGGUUCGAGUGGGAGGUGCCUUCAUAGCUGCCAAGGGGCCCAACCCUCAGGAUGAGGUGGCAGCAGCAUCUAACUCUGCUUCCCUGCUCAGUGCUCAACUCGUACGAAUCUAUGAAGUUGCAUCGUCAAAUUCCAACGGCCAGCGCACAGCGGUCAUCUACAAGAAGGUUGAGCCAACUGCUUCCAAGUACCCGAGGCGACCUGGAAUGCCCUCCAAACGGCCGCUGUGA